AAACUUUUCCCCGGCCCACGUGCUAGCGAGGCGCCUCGCUUCCCCUGCCCGGGAUGGAGCGCCGCGCCUAGGCACGCCGCACGGUCCGAGACGUUCAAGGUUUGAGAGAUGCUGGCCGCGCCGAACUGACCAGUGCGGGAGCUAGUGGGCUAGUGGCCACUCGCCCUCGGCGUCUCUCCUGGCAGCGCGGUGGGCGCCGGCUCCUCGCAGGAUCUAUCCGGUUCCCCGACUUUGAGAGGCGCCUCUCCCCCGCCCGACCGCCCAGAUGCAGUUUCGCCUCUUCUCCUUUGCCCUCAUCAUCCUGAAUUGUAUGGAUUACAGCCACUGCCAAGGCAACCGAUGGAGACGCAGCAAACGAGCUAGUUAUGUAUCAAAUCCCAUUUGCAAGGGUUGUUUGUCUUGUUCCAAGGACAAUGGGUGCAGCCGAUGUCAACAGAAGUUGUUCUUCUUUCUUCGAAGAGAAGGCAUGCGCCAGUAUGGAGAGUGCCUGCAUUCCUGUCCAUCCGGGUACUAUGGACACCGAGCCCCAGAUAUGAACAGAUGUGCAAGAUGCAGAAUAGAAAACUGUGAUUCUUGCUUUAGCAAAGACUUUUGUACCAAGUGCAAAGUCGGCUUUUAUUUGCAUAGAGGCCGCUGCUUUGAUGAAUGUCCAGAUGGUUUUGCACCAUUAGAUGAAUCCAUGGAAUGUGUGGAAGGAUGUGAAGUUGGUCAUUGGAGUGAAUGGGGAACUUGUAGCAGAAAUAAUCGCACAUGUGGAUUUAAAUGGGGUCUGGAAACCAGAACACGGCAAAUUGUUAAAAAGCCAGCAAAGGAUACGAUACCAUGUCCAACCAUUGCCGAAUCCAGGAGGUGCAAGAUGGCCCUGAGGCAUUGUCCGGGAGGAAAGAGAACCCCAAAGGCGAAGGAGAAGAAGAACAAGAAAAAGAAGAGGAAGCUGAUAGAAAGAGCCCAGGAGCAACACAGUGUCUUCCUAGCUACAGACAGGGCUAACCAGUAAAAUAAAAGACGUGUAGGGUAGGUUUUGGGGGAGGGGGUCAUUUUUGCAAAAGUGCACAAAACUCCUCUCCACUCGUGGACCCUGGCGUGCAGCUUUUGUGCUGCUUUGACCAGUAUCUGUUCCCAGUAACGUUGUGAACGGAGGAGCCACGAGUGUGGUCUCUGUUAUUUAUGCUUUGAUUUGCAUCUGGAGACUGUGAAGUCAGGAGCUCCCGACCUGAAUCACCGGAAGCAGGAGUUAGGGGUCCAGCACGUGCCUCAGCUCUGCGGGCACUGAGAGAUCAUGGCACCACGAAGGAACAAAACCUGUGAGGCCAUGGACCACCCCUGGAGCCCAGACUUGUGCAUAUUUAUGGGAAAGAAGACCCUCAGCUGGCAAAGAGCUAUUUCACUGGUGACCUUGAUUUCUCACAUUGUGCGUUUGCAAGGAUAACUGUGUGCGGAGAUCUGCUUAGAGCUGGGGCGGGGGGCGUUGGGGGUGUCCCAGGAGUUCCUGCUCAGCUUCACAGCAGCUCCAACUUGUACAUAACUCUGUGGGGCUACAUAGGAACCUCUUCCUUACUGUAUAUUUAUGCUUUCUGAAGUAUAACAAGUCAUAUCUGAUUAAUAUUAUGUCAGAUUGUUUCUAGUGGUUCCUAAUCAUUGUCUGGUAAAUGGCUAUUCUAGAUUUGAGAAUUGACCAAUGUUUUGUUGCCCCUUGACUUCUUUUUCCCCCUCGGGCUUAUUUCUCACUAUAAGAAUAGGAUAAGCUAGUUUGUACAUAGGCUCAAAUGACCAGUGUCAAAGAAUUUUAAUAUCUGUAGACCUUCCCCAUUCCACAUUGUCUCCUGCAGAUAGAGCAGCAGGUGACAUGUAGAAGCUAAAACUCUUUACACUUAAGAUGUGAUGCCUUUAUGAAACACAACUGAGGAAUGACAUGCCGUCCUUUCUAGCACUCCUCAUGAUGUUCUACUGGCUAGCUAGAGAAUUUCUCGAACUUUUGUUUCAAGCUUCAGCAUAUAUAUACAUAUGCAUUUAUAUUUAUUUAAAGCCAUCCCUGACUUACCAAGACAGGGUACCUACCAAUACUCUUGGGUCACUAUAGAAAUUACCAUCAUGAGACCGUGAUGCAGAAUUUGAGGAGAAAAGCAGGAUGAGUCCCUAUAACUCCUGGUUGAACCUUAACAGGUCUCCUUGGAGCCAGAAUCCUUUCUAAGACAGAAGAAAACUAUGGAGAACCACCCCCCCACACACACACAUAUACACACAUCCCGGGGAAUUUCAGAGCAGUUGUUUCAAAAACAUCAUUGUGUUGUUGUGGGAAUCCAUUCUUAGAAGGUUUUGAAUUGGCGUCUUCUAAAAGCAUCAUUAUCUUCCUGACUAAUCCAGAAGAAAAUCAGAACAAAGGGAAAUGGUCACAGAUGUUUAAGGAAAAAAAGCAAGGUAAGGCCUUCUUUUUAAUCACCUUGCAUUGGCAAAACUACCUCUCCAGUAUUUUUGUUUAAACUUUUGAAUCAAAAACAUCCUACCAGUACGUAUAAAUGUCAUAUACAUCGUUAUGAGAAUAUUAUUGCUAUGAAAUAAUAAGCCAUAUAUGAAUGUUGUAUACAACUUUAGGGUUUGCAUUUAAUCCUAAAGUGUUCACCUCCUUUCACGUCUAUUUACACUAUAUUCCUAUUUACUAAGUGGGGAGGGGGCUUCUUUAUAUAGUGAGUGCUUCAUCGUUAAUAAGUCAAUACCUGUUCUGUUUCUGAGAUGUUCUUUUCGUGCAUUAAAAAACUUCAAAAUUA